ACUCCUACAAUACUCGCCGGGAAAUUUUCGCAUCCAUUCGGGAAAGAGUGGAUCAAAUUCGCGAAGAGUACGAUUUACUCCAAGUUGCUGAAGCCGACAUCUACGAGUAUCAACUUGCCCUAUACGAGUGCCCCUCGCCAUAGUAUCUCUUGCCAUCUUUCCAUUCAUCGCGCUCGUCAUUUCUUGCAUAUCGCCAGGCUUAGCGACAUCUUUGGCAAAGGGCAUUCAAAAUACGAACGCAACUGUAGAUGAUACCAAGUAGAAAUGGGCUCGUAGACGCGAAGCAUCUAUAUAUAUUCAACUGCAUGGUCUUCCUCGCCUAUUUCUCCAUCCUCUCCCUCAGAAACUUCAAUCUCAGCAAUCUCACCCAUUGUAUUCGCUAUCUCGUUCGGCAUCUCAUACGGCCCGCAUCCGCCUUGCCUGGCCUCACUUCAAGGCUCCGACACCCUAGCUUUCAACGUAUAUUGCAAAAUAUGAGAAGUUUGGAGGACGAUGGAGUUGACAAAGAAAGAGGCGAGCCGGAGCAUGAAAGCAGCCGGGAGUGGGAUCGCCACUCUGCCCUUGCGAGCAAUUUGAAAGGGCCAGGGAGGAGUCAUUGAGUGCAAUAUGGCGUCCAAGUCUAGUCCGAAAGCGGCGGGGCAGCAACCAUAGAGAGAUGUAGCCAAACUAAAAACAGACUCUUGCAAUUGUUCCGUUCUCACUUCGCUGCAUAAUGUGCGGGGCUGGAUACUACGCGCG